CUCCAUGAUCCUUGAGUACCGGAUGUCCCAAUGCUUUUCAUUCUUGCUGCGCAAGAUCUUUGGAUCCAUUGUUGUGUUCUGCCUUCUUGACUGUCACAUCAUCAAAGAGAGGUUCGACUUGUCCUACAGUUUCUUGAAAGAGCAAGAACCAAGACUCUCUCACCAAUCAAUCAAUCAACAACAUUCAUCCAUCUAUCUACCGUAUCGAUCAUGGGUCCAAGAGCUUGGGUGGAAGAAAAGCCUGCCGAACGGUCGCUCCUACUGGGAGCGGUUGCAGGCAUCGGCUUGUACUGCAUGCCCUACUGGAAGGAAAUUACCAUCAUGAUUGCCAUGUUCAUGCCAGGAGUCUAUUGGGGCUUUGCCGUUAUCUUUGAUGGAACGACCGAAAUUGUACAAGAAAGCAUCGUUAUGAACGUGCUGGCAUACUUUUAUGGAUGCUACUGUCUCCCACGCGUCCAAACCACACCGUUUUACGCUCCCUUGGCGAUUUUUGUGCAUGGCAUUAUUGAUUGGGUACAUCAUUUCCAAUGCUUUCAGUCGUCGGAACAUGUCAAGGCGUGUUGUCAUCACUAUCCCAUUGUAUGUGGGUGUUUUGACUUUGCCUGUGCCGGGACCAUGACGCUGUUGAUUUUAAUGUUUGAAGAAGGUACCAGCUAGCUAGUAGUAGCCAGGAGUGCUAGCUAGUUUGUACGAUGUAAUAUUAAUAGUACAUGUAGUAGUGAUGCAUCAAUACUGUACCAUGUCCCAGCCUGUGGAG